AUAAGGUCAAGGUAUUAAUACAACGUGAUUCUGAAAACCCCUAAACUUGUUCAGGGGAUAGAUCGUUAAUUAUUUAUUAUUUUAUAUACUUUUACUGUAAUUGUUAAAAACGACAUUAAUGAUGACUUGCGCUCUACGCAAUUCAAUUCCUAGGUUAUGUUCAUCUUUUACGCAGUACUUGAAUAUGCAGAAGGCAACCUUUUUUUCUAAUCGUAUAAUUGGAUAUUCAUCUCUAAUGCUACAAGAUGGUUUAGAUAUACAGGUUUAUUGAUUUUACCUAUUUGAUUCUUAAUUUAUGUAUUAUACUAUGAUAGAAUUCAAUGAUUAAGAUAAAGAGAAUCCGUUUAAAAAUCUAUGUUUAAAACUGCUUAAUACCCUUUUAUAUAUACUUGUCGACUGCAGGAAUUACCUGUUGUGAUAAGGAGAAUGGAUAAUAGUGAAUUUCCGUUUUCAAGUCAAUGUUAUUCUGGCGAGAGAAUUCGAAAAGUUAGCGUUCAAGAUCUGAAUUUUCAAAAUUAUUUACAAAGCUGUCGUACAACUGAACAAGUCUUGAAAUUACUGGAAGUUCCUAGUGAAUCAGUAACGGCUUAUAGUGCUGCUUUUGCUCUGCAUAGGAUGUGCCAACUGGCUACUCAUUCGUCUCUAGACCAACACAUUGAUUGUUUUUUGAGAAGGGCUAUCUUAAGAGAACUCUGCGACACGAUCGCCAAAGAUAUCCAAACUUUAGAUAACAAGACCGUAUCACAAUUGAUUAAUUGCUUCUUGCAAACUAAAGGAAUUCCAGAGGAAUAUGUCGAGGCAGUUUUUAUCGAAGGUCAAAAAAGAAUUGCUGAUAGUGCUUUUUCCAUGGAUGAGUUGUUAUACUUGUUAAGCUUGAUGUCAACUGUCCCAAAUAGUCAUGCGGUUGAGCUAACAAAACUUGUAUGGAUGCACAUUACAACAAAUCGAUCAAAGGAAAUAAAUGAAGCCAAUGUUGGUCAAUUAUGGCAUUUAGCUCAGUACGUAAUUUAUAGUAUUAAAUUUCUCGGAGAAGAUAUGAAAUAUACUUUGAAAAUUUUAAACAAAUACAUACAAUCAUAUUGGUGGAAAUUGAAUACACCCGAUAUAUGUACAAUUAGUAAAACUUUGUUAUAUCAAAAGUACUAUUCUUCUCAAACUAUGACUCUAUUGGGACGUUGGGUCAUUAGUUAUAUGCACAAGAUGAGAAAUGAAGAAUUAUCACAUGUUCUAGCACUUUUCGACGCCUUUAAUUUUCACGAUAAAAAUGUAUUAAGGGCUUUGGAGAGAAUAAUACCCUCCAGAAUUUCGAAUAUGAAUAGAGCUAUUGUUGGUCAAGCUAUGGAUUAUUUGAAACAACAACGUUACCUAUCUACACCUAUAUUAGAUGCCGUUGCAAGGGAUUUUAGUAGAAAUUCACACGAAUACGAUACACAUGAUGCUCUCUCUUGUCUGAGAUUAUUUGGCUAUUUGAGCUAUAUGCCCAAGAAAAGCAACGCUUUCUUUGUAGCUGUUGAAAAUUUCCUGCAUAAGAACUUUAAUACUUUUGCUGCUCCAUCCAUUGUUGAAUUAUUAGCAUCAUUUACUUAUUUACAAGUCUUUCCUAUUACCUUCCUUAAAAAAGUUUUUACACCUCUCUUCAUAUGGAAACUUCAAUCUGUUGCCGAUUUACACAUUCAACAAUCAGCAUAUAAACACUUUUUAAAUUUACAAGCAGCGGUAAAAGUAGAGCUUCCCCAGAGGUCAAGAAUUAACUAUGUCGAUAGAUCGAGUUUAGGAGUAAGCAUAGGAGCUAUCUCUGGUAGUGCAUUUAAAGUACACCUAGAGAUUGCUGAUAUUUUAAAAGAAUUACACCCAAACAUAAAAUUGAAAGAAGCCGAAAUGCCUCGAUAUACCGCUCACUUUAUCAAUUACGAAAUUGACGGUUCAGAGAAUUCUACUAUUAUAAAUGAUAUGACUAAAAAAUUGGCUGUGAUCGUUUCAAUGCCUGAUCACUUUUGUAGUAAUUGUUCAAAUUUAUUGGGUACCUAUGCUUCUAAAAGACGGCAUUUAACAUCAUUAGGCUAUACAGUUGUUGAGGUCAAUUACGAAAAAAUGUAUUGGAAAAAUAAAAGCCGAAAUGAGAAAGUGGAAUAUCUAAAAGAACUUAUAAAUCCUCAUUUGGUCGGGAAAUCAUCUUACUAA